AUGAAACAAAAAUUGAAGGCAAAACUCCAAGAAAACAUCAUCGGCCUUGCAUACUUGGAGAUCGCUUCCAUUCUCCUUUUAUUUGGAGCCGGUUUAACAGAACUUCUUAUUUACAAGAAUCAUUACGCUCUCUUUAUCCAGAGAUACUUGUUCAUCACUUUCUGCAUCGCCCCAUUAUUCCUGUUGCCUGCAACGUUCUUGGGCUAUCGUGGGGGUCGGCAUGGACUUCGUGGUCCUCUCAAAGCCCACAUUCUUGCGGCUGUUGCCUGUAUCAUUUUUAAUGCGGCUUCAUCCGUGAUCCUUAUAACGGCGUACAGCGCUUCGGGAGUCUUCAAUGCUGGCCCAGUUGCAGAAGGGGACAACUUCGAGGUCCUGUUCAAAGUGAUGAUGAUAAUUGGAUUACUGGUUAAUCUAUCACAAAUGCUGCUGUUUAUCGCCAGUGGAUAUCAGGCAUACUUAGCGAUUCAAUUGUGGCGCGAGAUGUCCGUGCAAAAAAAUCGAAUGAAGAACUACCUCCGGAAGAAAGCCGAAAAAGAAGCCUCUGUUUAG